AGUAACCUGGCAGUAGAUUCAGUCAGAAAUUGCCGCGAAUCAGCAUCGAUUGAAAUAUAAAAAGUUUAAUUAAUGUUCUGCCUGGAAUUUUAUUUUCUCAAUUAAUUUAUAUAUUUUUUUCUAGCAAUAAGUUAUAAUAGAUUGAUCUUACUCGUGCCGGUAUAAUGUGUGGAAUAUUUUGUUCUAUAUAUCAACCCCAACAAGAUUCUGAAUCUUCUAAACAGUGGAAUAUUUGCAAGGAUGCAAUAACCGCCCGAGGUCCUGAUUACUUUAUGGAGAAAUAUUUGACUUUGAGUCAUGACUGGCAUGGACACUUUGCUGCUUCAGUGUUAUGGAUGCAAGGAUCGAGAAUAAUGACACAGCCAAGUUUGGAUGAUAAUGAUAACUUAUUACUUUGGAAUGGAGAUCUUUUCUCGGGUUGUUUGGCAAAAGAUGAUGUUUGCGAUACAAACAUCGUAUUGAGCGAAUUACAAUCUACUACAGAUAUCAUGUCUGUACUUCGGAAAAUUGAAGGUCCUUAUUGUUUAGUAUAUUAUAAAAAAUCGACCAAUACGUUAUAUUUUGGACGAGAUAUUAUCGGACGACACAGUUUACUUUUAAAAGUAGACAACAAAAGUAAUUCAUUAACUUUAACUUCGGUUGCAAAUAAAAACAUAAGAGGAAUUGUAGAAGUACCGGCUAUAGGUAUUUUUGUAAUGAAUUUAAAUAUGUCACAGAUAAAUUUAGCAUGUUAUCCAUGGAAAGAACCUGAUUUGAAGUUUACGGAUAUUAUUGAAGUAUUAGAAACAAAUUUAAAUGUAGAUAUUGAUAUUAAAGAAACUAUAUUGAAUACUUGUUCAUCAACAUUGACGAAUUUGCAUCUGCAUCCGGGUCCAAAGGAUGUGGAAUAUCUAGAAAAUGUACCAUGUAGCAAAGAUUUUAAUGAGGUAUUGCAAUAUCUGUUGAAAAAUCAGGAGGUAAAUGAAAGAGUCGAAUGUUUGAUGGAACUGUUACAUCAGUCUGUGAAAAUCAGAAUAAAGAAGAAACCAAAUUAUUGCAAGGAAUGCAUAAAAUUGGUACUAAAUGACGAAAAUGUUACUUGUGCUCAUUCCAAAAUCGGUGUAUUGUUUUCUGGUGGCCUAGACUCUGCAAUUUUAGCAGCAAUUGCUCAUAAAUACGUUUCAGAAGAUGAAAGUAUCGAUCUCAUUAAUGUGGCAUUUGAAAGACUGGGAAGCAAAAAUCAGAGCAUGAGUCAUACGAACAAUGAAAAGGGGAAUGUAACGCAGAAAUAUGAUGUGCCAGACAGAAAAACGGGACGACAAACGUAUUCCGAAUUGUUACGAAUUUAUCCCAACAGGAAAUGGAAUUUUAUAGAAUGUAACAUCACGCAAAUGGAAUUGCAACUGUAUCGCGCGUCACGAAUUUGUGAUUUAUUGCAUCCAUUGUGUACAAUUCUGGAUGAGAGUUUAGGAUGUGCUAUGUGGUUUGCAAGUCGAGCAAAAGGUGUCCUCUAUCCAGUCAAUGAAAUAUACGAAUCGCCAUGCAGGAUAUUACUUUUAGGCAUAGGGGCGGACGAAUUGUUUGGUGGAUACAUGAGACAUAGAACUAUAUUGAAGCAUAAAGGAUGGGAUGCGCUGAUACAAGAACUAAAUGUCGAAUUGACUAGGAUUUCUGAAAGAAAUUUAGGUCGGGACGACCGGAUUGUUUCUGAUCAUGGGAAACAAUCCCGUUUACCAUAUCUCGACGAAAAUUUGGUGAAAUAUGUGCAGCAUAUAAAACCAUGGGACAGAUGUUAUCCGACUGAAAAAAUGCCAAGUGGAUUGGGAGAUAAAUUACUGUUACGUUUGUUAGCCUGCAAGAUUGGUUUUCAAUGUACGGCUAACUUUCCUAAAAGAGCUUUUCAAUUUGGAUCGCGAAUUGCAAAUGGUAAAGAAAAUGUGUAUCUCAUGGAUCGUCUACAAUGGAAGUAAUAUUGAAUAGUAAGCAAUAAGAUCGUCAUCGCGAUUCAUUUUGAUUUUUUUAUUUUUAUUUUUAUU